AUGGUCAUAAUGAUCGUCGGCGGCAUCAAGGCCCCCAAAGUUUGCAACAGCGGCAUCCUUUUGUGGCCCAUGAUCGCGAUCGGCCUCUUCCUGGUGGUCACCUGCAUGUUUGGCUGCUGCGGCGUCAGCGAGGAUGGGAUAUUCAUCUGCUUCCUUGCCGGCGUCCUCAUCGCGAUGCUGUCCCUCGUCGUCUUCGUGCUCUUCGCCUUCAUCGCCGUUGGAGGCAUCGACGCCGGCCAAGUGAAGCUCCAGGAGUACAAACUCGAGGACUACAGAGGGUGGCUCAGGGGUCGUGUGGCCGAUCCUCAUUACUGGGCGACAACCGUUGCGUGCCUCCGUCGUAGGGACGUCUGCGAGCUAUCCUCCGACCCAAAUUUGGCGGAGAAAUACAACAAUGACAACUACGUAAUCUCGCCUAUCGAGUAUGGAUGCUGCAAGCCACCGUCAUCGUGUGCAUUCACAUACAUGAAUGACACGACGUGGGCACCCAAAACAGGGGACGCUGACCUAGGAGCUAAAGUCGUCGACUGCAGCAGGUGGAGCAACGACCCACAAAAGCUUUGCUUCGAGUGCGACUCCUGCAAGGCUGGCUUCCUCGACGACACCAGGAAGAAAUGGACUAAAGCUGCCCCAGCUCCCCUUGGCGCCUUGGUCGUGCUCGUUGUUUUCUUAGGACCGUGCAUUAUUGGUUGUGCCAUUUUGCUGUGUAAUCUAAAGAGGGCUGCAUGA